AUGGAAGCAAAAUUAGCCGAAUUUCGUAAGACACAUGCUCAGAAACAGCCUUUAAUCAAUUGGCGUGAAAUUAAUUCUCGUUUUGCAUCAAUAUUCUCAUUUUUACGGAGAAAAACUUCUGAAAGAAAACCACAAGAAGAAAUAGAACAAGAAGAAUCCAUAAGUAGUUGGCAAAUAAUUUUACUAAAGUUUUUCGUAUGGUUAACAUUAUUUUUAAUAUUCAUUCGUCUUGAAUUUGGUGCUAUUUAUUUCAUUAUUUCUCUUCUUUAUUUAAUGUGGUCAAGUUUGGGUUCUCGUCGUCGACGUAAUCAAUUAAGUGCUUAUUCUGUAUUUAAUCCUAAUUUUGAAAAAAUUCAAGGAACAUUUUCAGCAGAAGAUUAUGAUCGUCAAUUAAGACGUGGUGGAUCACCUUUUUUUUCAUCAUAA